CCUCAUCUAAUUCCUCUCCUACUACAAAGUUACCAACUUACCAUAUCCUUCUACCUAAGCCACCGCAUUCUUCUACCUUCCUUCUCUCCCUCUUCUUUUUUCCUGCGCUUAAAAUCCCUGAAAAACCCAAAAUCAUGACCAUCCUUGCUUCCGAGUUCUCCUCAUCCCCAAAUGCACUUCCACCAAGCGAUGACAAGAGCGCAAAGACUCUGCAGUUCAUUGAAGACAUGACCCGGAACACAGACACCGUCCAGCAGAAAGUCCUCGCCGAGAUUCUCGCCCAAAACGCCAACACUGAGUACCUGAAACGCUUCCACCUCGACGGAGCCACCGACCGCGAAACGUUCAAAUCCAAGCUCCCUGUUGUUUCUUACGACGAUCUGAAGCCCUACAUCGAACGCAUUGCCAAUGGUGACCGCUCUCCCAUCUUGUGCUCUCACCCAAUCUCUGAAUUUCUCACCAGUUCUGGAACAUCAGCUGGUGAAAGAAAAUUGAUGCCGACGAUAGCAGAAGAGUUGGACCGUCGCCAAUUACUCUAUAGCCUUCUGAUGCCGGUGAUGAACCAAAACGUGCCUGAUUUGGACAAGGGGAAGGGUCUCUAUUUCUUGUUCAUCAAAGCUGAGACAAAGACCCCUGGUGGGUUAGUGGCGCGUCCUGUGCUCACCAGCUACUACAAAAGCGAGCAUUUCAAGAACAGACCCUUCGACCCAUACAACGUGUACACCAGCCCGAACGAGGCGAUUCUCUGCAUCGAUUCAUUUCAAAGCAUGUACACGCAGAUGCUGUGCGGCCUCAUCAUGCGCCAUGAGGUUCUCAGAGUGGGAGCCGUAUUCGCCUCCGGCCUCCUCAGAGCUAUCCGGUUUCUCCAGCUCAAUUGGCACCAGUUAGCCCAUGACAUCUCCACCGGAACACUCAGCCCCAAAAUCACAGAGCCUUCCAUCAGAGAAUCUGUUGCUAAAAUCCUGAAACCCAACACGGAGCUGUCGGGUUUCAUAAUCAACGAAUGCUCUGAUGGAAAAUGGGAAAGCAUAAUCAAAAGAAUCUGGCCGAACACCAAGUACCUGGACGUGAUUGUUACCGGUGCUAUGGCCCAGUACAUUCCGACCUUAGAGUAUUACAGUGGAGGCCUACCCAUGGCGUGUACCAUGUACGCCUCAUCUGAAUGCUACUUCGGGCUGAACCUCAAUCCAAUUUGCAAGCCCUCUGAGGUUUCCUACACCAUCAUGCCAAACAUGGGCUACUUUGAAUUCCUACCCCAUGAUGAGGACUCAUCAACUCAUGACUCCACUGUCAUGGUCGAACUUGCCGACGUUGAGAUUGGCAAGUUCUACGAGCUUGUCAUCACUGUCUACUCCGGCCUUUGCCGCUACCGCGUCGGCGACAUCCUCCAAGUCACCGGGUUCCACAACUCGGCACCACAGUUCCGCUUCGUUCGCCGGAAGAACGUGUUGCUGAGCAUUGACUCGGACAAAACUGAUGAAUCAGAGCUGCAAAAAGCAAUAGAAAACGCCUCUGUACUAUUGAAGGAGUUCAACACAACCGUGGUUGAGUACACCAGCUUCGCCGAUACAAAAUCGAUUCCGGGGCAUUACGUGAUUUACUGGGAGCUUCUGAUGAAGGACCUACACGCGCCGACGGAUGAGGUGCUGAGCCGGUGCUGCUUAACCAUGGAGGAGUCUUUUAACUCGGUUUAUCGGCAGGGGAGAGUGGCGGACCAAUCGAUUGGACCAUUGGAGAUUCGGGUAGUGAAGAGUGGAACCUUUGAGGAGUUAAUGGAUUAUGCAAUUUCAAGAGGCGCGUCGAUUAACCAGUACAAGGUGCCGAGGUGCGUGACAUUCACGCCCAUCACGGAGCUUCUCGACUCCAGGGUGGUGUCUGUUCAUUUUAGCCAUGGUGCACCGCAUUGGACCCCAGAACGGCGUCAUUGAAGGGUGGUUUACGAUGACGUGAGAAUAAUAGUACAUGCAGUCAGUCGUGCACAAAAUCUUGAAAUAAUAAAAGUGUGAUGCAUUGAUGAUCAUGUAAAUGUGAA